AUGGCACCAGCGGCGUUGGUGGCCGGACCGAGUUGCAGCAACAAUGAGGUCGUCGUCGGUCCGGGACAUCAUUACAAUGGCGUCGCGGGCAUGACCGGCCCAAAGUACGAGCUAGCGUCUCGCGCAGGAGCAGCAGGAGCAGCAGGAGCAGUGGCGGCUGCAUCACCAACCUCCGCGAUUAAUCACGCGUCAAGUUCCUGGUCGACGCUCUCGGCCGGCUUAGGAGACUAUGGCGCUGCCGGGCCCUCUCACGCAGCAGCCUCGACCAGUUCACUGCACGGACUGCUGAACCGAGCCUCCUCGUCGAACUCGACUUCGCCCUCGCCGUCUCGGCUGCCGUCGCCCUCGUCGGCUCGCCAUUCGCAAGCCUACGCGCAAUCGCAACAGCAGCAUCUCCACCACCAGCUCCAGCAGCAGCACCAGCCGCACCACCAGCAUCAGCAGCAUCAGCACCACCAUCACUCGCCUUCACUCGCUUCGAACGGUUCGGCCUCGAUUUCGGCCUCGACUAGCACCACCGCCGCGGCCGGCGGCUCUGGGAGCGGACCGGCUUCUUGGUUUCGGUCAUCGCAUAGCGCUGCAUCGUCAUUUAACGGCGCGGCCAGUGGUCUCGCCAGCUCACCGCUGCACCAACAUCCGUCCCAAUCCCCAACACUACCACGGCCGAGUCCGACAUCCUCUUACGCGUCCCACCAUGCACCUCGACCGCACCAACCGCUUCAUGUCUCGUCCUCGUCCUCGGGCGGCUCCUGGGUCCACGAUCGCUCGACGUCCAACUCGGACUCGCUGGCUUCCGGUCUGACCUCGCCCGCGUCGGCGCACAGCACCAGUUCGCGAGGGCACAAGUUCUCCCCGCCAAUGCCCAACUUCCCCCUGAUAGCGAGGCAGUUCCUCCCACCGCUCGAACCAAGAUCGUACACCAUCAUCAAGGAGGUCGGCGACGGGUCCUUUGGUACGGUCUGGCUCGCCGAUUGGCAUUCCGAUUUGCAGCUUCCGCCAGGGACGUUACUGCCGGGGCCGAGUUCGCGACCGGAAUAUAAGGGGAAGCGGCUGGUCGCGAUUAAGAGGAUGAAAAAGGCCUUCGAAGGAGGAUGGGCGGAAUGUACAAAACUUAAGGAACUCAAGGUGCGUCGGUGGCACUCGUUCGCUCAUGCUUGUCGUCCGCAGUGUGCUGAUUGAUCACCAUGACUACCAUCCCUUGCACAGUCCCUUCAAUCGAUCCCGAUGCACCCCAAUAUUAUUCCAUUAUAUGACGCAUUUCUACUCCCUUCGUCAAAGGAGCUUUAUUUCGUAUUCGAAUGCAUGGAGGGGAACCUGUACCAACUCACCAAAUCGCGCAAAGGGCGGCCACUCGCGUCCGGUUUGACCGCGUCCAUAUUCGAACAAAUCCUCGCCGGGCUCGACCACAUCCAUCGAUCCGGCUUCUUUCAUCGCGAUCUGAAACCCGAGAACCUCUUGAUCACCACCACCGGUUUGGCCGACUAUCCUGCCUCGUCCUUGUUCGCCAACGCGACGACACCACCGGAAAAAGACGUCGUCGUGAGCGUCAAACUCGCCGAUUUCGGUCUGGCGCGAGAAACGGCGAGUCAACCGCCGUACACGGAAUACGUCUCGACGAGGUGGUAUCGAGCACCCGAGGUCUUGCUGCGGUCUCGCGAUUAUUCGAACCCUGUCGACAUGUGGGCCUUGGGGACGAUCAUGGUCGAGGUUCUAACACUCAAACCGAUAUUCCCCGGUGACAGCGAGGUUGAUCAGGUGUUCAAGAUUUGCGAGGUGUUGGGUGAUCCGAGUACGGAUUAUGGAGUUGAUGAAAGGGGAAGAACACGGGGUGGAGGGCUAUGGCCGAGAGGUGUGAAGAUGGCGAAGGAUGUCGGGUUCGCGUUCUCAAAGGUUGGUGCACGAGAUCGUGGGUCUCUGAACGGAGCUGACUUUAAACGAGCCACCGACCUCGGACGCAGAUCCCGCCGCGGACGUUCACGAGUCUGUUCGAUCCGAACACGGUGUCGCCGCAAAUGAUCGACUGCAUCGCCGAUUUGCUGCGCUACGAACCCCGCGCCCGCCUGACGGCUCGACAAUGCAUUGACCACGCCUACUUCCGCGAGGUCGCCUACCGCUACGCGCCGUAUCGAGCCCCCGGAUUGGCCAAACCUGCAAUUCCCGCGACGCAAGAAUCGAUGUACCAGGCGCCAUCGUUGAACGGGCUCACCAUCUCGACGACCUCGGCGGCGUCGGCCUCGAUUGCAGCGAGCGCUCCUUCUCCUCGAGUACUACCUCCCGCACAUGGGCAUACCCCGUCGCAUUACAAGCCGCCGUUCCAAGUCGGCACCGAGGCGAACGGUCGCUUCCUUCCCAAUGUCGAUCGUGGCGAUUCGAACUCUGGCUAUCGGUAUUAUCCCGAUGACUCCAGCAGCAUCGCGUCGGGCAUGUCCAACUACCCGAUACAUGUGUCGAGCGCACCGCUGGCGACAUCUGACGACGUCUUGAGCCUGGACCGCGCGAUGACGUCUUACCCGGAGAGUCUGAGCGAUGGACAGUCGGCCAGCUUGCGACCGCCGUCACGAUCUUCGCUUUGGAGCACGAACACGGGAGAUCAGAGUUGGGGCAUGACGCCGAAAGAGCCAUAUCGGUCACCGGCUUCGUCGUCCCAGGCGCACAUGCGUGCGAACCCGAGAGGAGGAAUGGGCGGUCUACUUCCUCGACGACCCUCUUUCUCGGGUGUCUCGAUCGCCGCGUCGACGUUCUACGACGGUUCGGUUUUCGAGGGCAUCACCCAGCAGAGGCCGUCUUCGAUCAUGUCGUUCCCUGUUGGGUACGGCACAUUGGACGAUGCGCCAUCGCCGACGUUCCCCGAUUCACCUUCGAGCAACAUUACCACGGGUUCGACCGAAACGAAUGCGCGAAGGCACCUCGAGCAUCAGCAGCAGCAACAGCAGCAUCAGCAGGCCCCGUCUCGACAAGGUCCGAACUUUGGACUGGGAUUCACUACGACACCGGCGCCUGCUGCAGCACCGGCCAAGUCUGGUCGUUGGGGUUUGGGCAAGGUCUUUUCUGGCGAUUCAUCGGCCGACGCUCCCGCCGCCAGCAUCAGUCAUUCGCUCAAACGCACCCCUUCGACCGCAUCAUCGCUCAACGGCGGCACGCCCAUGGAAGGUGUCACGACCGAAGCCUCUACGGCGCCCAAGACGAAGAAGGAGCUCAAGGCGGCGGAGAAGGCGUCCAAAGCCGCCGAAAAGGCGUCUCGGGACGUCGAACGAGCCAAGCGCGAUGCGGCGAUGCAAGCUUCGCGCGAGCGUGCGCGAGCGGUCAUGCAGAAGAAGACGCAGCUGCGAGAGGCGGCCGAUCCGUUGCACAACUUUUCCAACUCGCCUCGAUUGGUCGCACCAGUGGAGAAAGGCAAAGGUCGAGUGGCGGAUACGCUCAGCGUUCACAGUUCGAUGUCGCAAAACUCGUUCAAAUCCAAGAUGCCGCAGAUCGUCGAGGAUACGUCGAGAUUGCAGGUCACGAGUCACAAGGCGAGACGACGGCACGACGAUGACGACGUGCACUCGGUGUCGUCGGGUGAGACGACUUCGAUUCGAGGACGCACAGCGCAGUCCAUCUCGGGGCAGUCGAUAUCGUCGAUCGCAACCUCGGCUUCGGAUCCCGAACGACGCUUGCGACAGGAACAACUCGCUGAGUUGGGGUUGACCCGCGUGCCUUCCCUCUCGUCACUCAAUUCGACGACCUCGGCGCCGGCUCGAUCGGUCUACGGCGCAGGCAAUAGUACCCCGGGGCAUUACACGCGCACGGGAACGGGGCAUUCGUCGCUCGAGUCCUCACUGGUACGACAGAUGAACGGCCUCGCGACCUCGAGUCGAGUCUCAGCCGAACGCAGCGAGUCACGAGGUGCCAGAGCCUCGAGUCCUCGCGACGGUCAUUCGCACCACGAGCGCUAUUCCCCCUACCCGUUCCCGAACGGAGCGGCCGGUUCCUCGACCUCGCUCUCGCGUCAACACCUCGGCCAAUCGCCACCGCCUCAAUCACCGGGUGCGCAACCGAUACCCCCGAUCUCACCCUACGAUCCAUCAGGCAUGGUCUCGGCCGCGCCUAGCAUCGCGAGUUUCCACUCGGCGUCGGUCUUCCAAAGCAGUGGCUUGAACCCGACGAGGUCGUCACCGCCACCUCAACCGAGUUGA